AUGGGGUGCAACAUGUGUGUGGUUCAAAAACCUGAGGAACAAUACAGGGUCAUGUUCCAGAAGGGUCAUAUAAGCAACAUGCUGUGCUCUUUCGAUGCUGAGGGUCGAUUAAAGGUGAAUGGGAAGGAGCUGUCCCGCCUUUCUGGGGAUCCCACGCUGGACAUACGGGACCCCGUGCUGUCCAACAUACUGAGGCGAGGGGCCCGCAGACGGGCGGGCCUAGCAGGAGCUCCUGGAGGGUUAGUGCCAGUGACCAUGGGCAUGGCCGACUGUGUAGACAGCUGCACCCAAACAGACAUCAGCUUCCAGCAUAUGUUGACUCUGGGCAAGAGCAGCCAGCAUCCCUGUGGAGCUCCACCCCCACCCGACCCUCCGCCGUCCCCUCCACUACCACCGCUACUGGAGCCAUAUCUACUCAAUGAACUCUUUAUAGAGCCGGUGUACUACGACCCCACUGACUACUUCGAUAUCACUCAGCAUGAAGUGGACAGGCAGGACGAGCUGGAAUAUGAGGAGGUGGAGUUGUAUAAGUCUCGUCAGCAGGAUAAACUCGGGCUGACAGUGUGUUACAGAACCGAUGAUGAGGAGGACCUAGGAAUAUAUGUAGGAGAGGUGAACCCAAACAGUAUUGCAGCGAUAGAUGGUCGCAUCCGCAAGGGAGACAGAAUACUGCAGAUAAAUGGAGUGGACAUUCAGGACAGAGAGGAGGCGGUAGCUAUUCUCACCAGAGAGGACAGCACUAAUGUCUCCCUACUCCUUGCACGACCCGAGAUAGAGAAUGACAACCAGCUCGACCCAGAUGAGCUGGACCUGGAGCCACUGGACAAUGCUGCCCAUCUGCCCAGCAGCCACAGACUGGGGAGCAGCACCUCCAUCCUGGGUGCUGGACCAGGCUGCCUUGCUGGUGGAGGCGUAUUAGGCGGCCAUGGUCGCUCAUUGAGCAGGGAUUCACCUGAUUUGCUCCAGACAGUGCUGAGCAACAGCCAGGAGAUGGACAGUGGGGUAGGCCGUACAGAUGAAAGCACACGCUAUGAAGAGUCGUCAGAACAUGACCUCCUGGGAGACGACCACACCAGUGCCUCCAAUACAAACGCCACCAAUACACCUGGGAGCAUGCGCAAGUUUCUGUCUGGUAGGGGGGACACUCCGCCAUUACUGCACUCCCAGGACCUCCAGUUCAGUACUGACUCCCUCUUAGGACUGGACUGUAUUAAUGGGGGAGGACUGGAACAGGUGGAGCGACUAGAGCGGGCCUACAUGGCAGAUCCUAUGAGGAUGAUGAUGCCCGGGCUGACUGAGGAAGAGUGUGAGAGGUACAAAGAGCUCCUGGAAAUCAAGUGUUACUAUGAGAAGAACAGUAACGCUCUGCUGCUACUGGGAGGUCAGGGGUCAGCACAAGACGAAGAGGGUGUCUCACUGGAUGUGAACAGGAACAAAAGCCUGACACAGCAUGAGAUGGCCCUGUUGGAAGAGGAACUGCGCCACUUGGAGUUCAAGUGUCGUAACAUCCUGAGGGCGCAGAAGAUGCAGCAGUUGAGGGAGCGUUGUCUGAAGGCUUGGCCUCUGGAGGACAAGAAUGGAGCAAGUGCAGGGGCUGGAGUAGGAGCUGGACACUUGGACAUUAAUGGUACUUUGAUCGGUGAGGAGUCCUGUCACCACGCUCUGUCAGAUAUCAAUGAGCUUCCAGAGAGGGAGCGCUCAGAUAAGGACAGUACGAGUGCCUACAACACUGGAGGGGAAAGUUGCAGGAGCACCCCUCUGGUCAAUGAACAAUACCCUUCACCCUCUACACAGAGCCUGGAGGGAGGAGAGUCUCUUUGUACGGCAGAUGUGCAGCUUCAAAGCUCAACCAGGCACAGGGAGAGAGGUGCCAGGGCUGAUAGAGGGGAUGGGGUACAAGCAAACUUGAACCAACCCUACUCUAAUACUCACAGAAGAGCAGCUGAGGCUAAGACCUCCAGCCCUGGUGCUAAAGUUAGGUCCCUGACCCGGGAUGGAGGAACCAGGAGGGGCUCAGAUGGAGGAAUGAGACGCAGCCCCAAAACCAACGGGACAGCAGAGAGGGCCGGUGGACGCAGUGCAGAAAACAGCCCCUACCUGUCCCGUCGUCAUACAGAAACAAAGCUGCCUCACCGCUACCUGAGCUGCAUGCAGCUUAGGUCUCCGUCCAGCUCUGAGCAGCUCAGUGGACUUAGAGAGACUCCCAGAGAGGGCAGCAUGGAGACCGGGGGUGACGCCAGCCCGAUGAGCUUGGGUAGCACAUGUAAAGAUGUCAUCCAGGUCCCAGGUGCUGCGCCUUUACCCUUGUCCCCCUCAAUGAUGCCUGCCUCCCCUCGUAUGGAGUGGAAGGUGAAGAUCCGCAGUGAUGGCUCACGCUACGUGGCCAAACGGCCUGUGAGGGAUCGCCUCCUAAAGGCACGCGCCAUGAAGAUCAGAGAGGAGCGCAGUGGCAUGACAACGGAUGACGAUGCUGUGAGUGAAAUGAAGAUGGGCCGUUACUGGAGCAAAGAGGAGCGCAAGCAGCAGCUGCUAAAGGCCCGCGAGCAGCGGCGGCGAAGGGAGUUCAUGAUGCAGAGCCGCCUUGACUGUCUGAGAGAGCGUGAGAGGGAGCAGGGCAGCAACGGUGGACAGCAGGGGACGACACACCAGCAGGAAUCCACCUCCAUCCUGGAGCUUUGCCACCGCAGGAGCAUGAAGAAGCGCAGUCGCAGAAUCCUGGACAACUGGAUCACUAUACAGGAGCUACUGGCUCAUGGGACCAGGUCUGCUGAUGGGAAGAAAGUCUAUAACCCACUGCUGUCUGUCACCACAGUCUGA